CCCCAAUCCCACCCUACUUAAGCUACAUGCAUAGCCACAAUAGGCAGAAAGCUACGAACGCCACCAUGAAGGAAAGCUUGCCAGUAUUUCCACAUGAUAGAGUAGUCCUACCGAUUCUGGGGUAGUAAUUCCGGUCUUCUCCGCCAUGCAUAAUCACUGUAUUCCCACACUUACUCAAGAAGCCAUAAGCUCCCCCAGUCUCGUGCUGCUCGUCUCAUAAGUGAUUAUCUUGUGCGCUCGCAUGGAACGCGCCUAGAUUUAGCAAAUAAGCAAUAUGGAGGAUUUAGAGAAAUGGUACACAAUGGCGGAAGAGACGGGGAACGACUCUCAAAUGAGUAUAGCAAACCAGACAUUUCGGAAAGCGUCUGUUAAAUUUCUGAGCGGCAACAAACAGCAUGAGAAAAAACUCAAUUCCAUUAGUGAAGGGACCGGAUCUAAAGAUGUCCUACUUAUCGUUACCGAGUGUAUGAACAAGUACGAGGCCCGGAGGAAGCACUCGGAAGCUCGGACUUGUCUCCAUGCAUUCGCACAGCGCGUCAGCUUUUAUGGCAACAUUCUGGACGUCUUCGUUCAACACCACCCCGAAUAUGUGUCUUUGGCAUGGGGAGCGAUGAAGUUUCUCUUCGUGGGAGUAAUAAAUCACGAGAAAACAGUAACGACAUUAGCACAAGCCCUCUCAGAUAUCGCUGAUAUGCUUCCUCAAGUGAAACUCUCCUCGGCCCUAUACCCAACUCAGUACAUGAGGACCGCACUCGACGAGUUGUAUGCCAGCAUCAUGGAAUUUAUGAUGAGGGCCUAUGAUUGGUAUGAAGAAGGAACACUGAAGCAUAUAAUCCAUAGUGUCACGCGACCUGUGGAGCUCAGGUACGCAGACAUACUCCAGCGCAUCGCGCGAUGCUCUCAGCGUAUCCAAAAUUUGGCUUCCGUUGGACAGCAAGCGGAGGUUAGAGAUCUGCAUAUUGGAUUAGACGCCAAAUUGCAUUCUAUGAGCUCAAGAUUUGACGAGCGAUUCGACGACAUGAAUGCUGUGGUGGAAGAGAUUAAGAGCGCAAUGACAUUGCAAUCGGCUGCGAUGAUUAACACAAACUAUCUGCUAACGGAUAUUCAAUUUUCACAAAUCAUGGCAUCUAUCACAGAUCUCCUGCUAUGGGAUCCUGCCAAAAUGUUCCAAUACCAUCGAUCUCUACGGGACAGGCGAUCACACAAUUCUCAUCAAAGCCUGUCUACUCGAUUCUGGACAUCAUCGAAGUUAUUUGGAUGGUUCAAGUCGGGAACCUCAGAUUUACUAAUCGUGAGAGGUAGUCCCCAAGCUCGAUUUAGCUUGCGUAACUUCUGCGUCGACGUGAUCGAGCAGUUGAGGUCAUCCCAUUUGCCAGUGUUGUUUGCUCUGAAGGUCAGCCAGGGGGUCACGGAGGAUACUCCGUCCAUCUCGGUAUCUUGGGCGGACGUCCUCAAGUAUCUUUUGCGCCAGGCACUGCAAGAAACACAUGGAAAGCAGACGGAAAAAUCCAUGUCACUAAGCUGCGCUCGCGUUCAUAGCGCCAGAAGUGAUUUGGAGUGGUUUCAGAACCUAGAAGCCGCGUUGUCAGCAUUCGAGAAACAAGUCUAUAUUGUCAUAGACCUCGAGAUUCUGGAUAGGAAUUUGGAGGAAUCCAACGGCUUCUCUUGGCUGCCUUCCUUCUUGUCUCUAUUUGGAAAACUUGCCGAGCGUCGCUCUACUACUCGGAUCAAGGUUCUUUUGAUAACAUACGGACACGAGAUUUGUUCUCCGAUGUCUUCAAACGAGCAGUCCAAGUUCAUGAUCCAGGCUCGAACGGAUAUCGUUACUGUACGGCAGCAGAAGUUGAGGAGGCAUAUGCCUCAACGAGGCAUACCGGAUUAUCUCAGGAGAGAGAUGUGCUGAUGGCAAGCAGGGAAUAGACCAAGUGAAAUAGACGCUCAGUGUAAUGGUUAGACUCCUUGUAGGAUUUUCCACCUUUCUAACGGAAAUAUCACGGUACGGCAUAUAGAGGCCCUGUAGUAUAUAAUUAUAACACGCUAUUAAUAUAUAUAAUAUCCUUCUUUUACAUAUAUUUAAAAGGGCAUUUUUGCUUCUCUAGGC